UUCUGUGGUCAAAACACACGCCCCGUUACGUACCGACGCAUAGAUGUGACGUAAUACGCAGCGCAUGCUUUGUAACCCCCAAGCGCCCCUUUGAACCAAGGCAAAGCCAAGUUCGUUGAAGAAGCCUGAGCGGAGAUGUAUCGUCCCAAACCGACGCUGCGGGACCGGCAGCACCUGUACCGGCUGAUCAUCAGUCAGUUGCUGUAUGACGGUUACACCAACAUCGCCAACAACCUCAUCACAGAGGUGAAGCCACAGAGCGUCGUGUCGCCCUCAGAGAACCUCAUGCAGCUGGCCAAGAUAGGCAUGGAGAAUGAUGACAGUGCUGUGCAGUAUGCCAUCGGCCGGUCUGACACAGUGGCACCAGGCGUUGGCAUCGACCUGGAGUUUGACGCUGACGUCCAGUCCAUGUCCCCCGAGGCGUCUGAGUACGAGACUUGUUACGUGACGUCUCAUAAGGGUCCGUGUCGCGUGGCCACCUAUAGCCGGGACGGACAGCUCAUUGCUACGGGCUCUGCAGACGCCUCCAUCAAAGUCCUGGACACAGAACGGAUGCUGGCCAAGAGUGCCAUGCCCAUAGAGGUGAUGAUGAAUGAGACGGCCCAGCAGAACAUGGAGAACCACCCUGUGAUCAGAACACUGUACGACCACGUGGAUGAGGUCACGUGCCUGGCGUUCCACCCCACCGAACAGAUCCUGGCGUCGGGGUCACGUGACUACACACUCAAACUGUUUGACUACUCCAAGCCCUCUGCCAAGAGAGCCUUCAAACAUGUACAGGAAGCGGAGAUGCUGCGGGCCAUCUCUUUCCACCCGUCAGGAGACUUCCUAUUGGUGGGGACGCAGCAUCCGACCCUCCGCCUCUACGACGUUAACACUUUCCAAUGCUUCGUCUCCUGCAACCCUCUAGACCAGCAUACGGACACCAUCAGUGGAGUCAAUUACAACCCUAAUGCUAACAGCUACGUGACGUGCAGUAAGGACGGCAGUAUAAAGCUAUGGGACGCUGUGUCUAACCGCUGUGUGAUGACGUUCGAUAAGGCUCAUGAUGGGGCGGAGGUCUGCUCCGCUGUCUUCUCCAAGAACUCCAAGUACGUCCUCUCCACCGGGAAGGACUCUGUCGCCAAGCUGUGGGAGAUCUCCACCGGGCGCCCCCUGGUCAAAUACACAGGCGCUGGUCUGAGUGGGCGGCAGAUGCACCGCACCCAAGGUGUUUUCAACCACACGGAGGACUAUGUUCUGUUGCCUGAUGAGAGGACCAUCUCUCUCUGCUGCUGGGACUCCCGCUCUGCCGAGAGGAAGAACCUUCUGUCCCUGGGUCACAAUAACAUCGUCCGCUGUAUCGUUCACUCCCCCACCAACCCGGGGUUCAUGACCUGUAGUGAUGACUUCAGGGCCCGCUUCUGGUACAGACGUACCACCACCGACUGAGACCUCUCUGACCCCUCUGUUGUACCCCUGACCUCUCUGACCCCUCUGUUGUACCCCUGACCUCUCUGACCCCUCUGUUGUACCCCAGACCUCUCUGACCCCUCUGUUGUACCCCUGACCUCUCUGACCCCUCUGUUGUAACCCUGACCUCUCUGACCCCUCUGUUGUACCCCUGACCUCUCUGACCCCUCUGUUGUACCCCUGACCUCUCUGACCCCUCUGUUGUACCCCUGACCUCUCUGACCCCUCUGUUGUAUCCCUGACCUCUCUGACCCCUCUGUUGUACCCCUGACCUCUCUGACCCCUCUGUUGUACCCCUGACCUCUCUGACCCCUCUGUUGUACCCCUGACCCCUCUGUUGUACCCCUGACCUCUCUGACCCCUCUGUUGUACCCCUGACCUCUCUGACCCCUCUGUUGUAUCCCUGACCUCUCUGACCCCUCUGUUGUACCCCUGACCUCUCUGACCCCUCUGUUGUACCCCUGACCUCUCUGACCCCUCUGUUGUACCCCUGACCUCUCUGACCCCUCUGUUGUACCAACACACUUCCACAGAGCCCAAACCAAAUCCCUCACCGCUGGGUGAACCCCCAUUGACUACGACUCCACAGCCAAACGGCUCCUUACCGGACACCGGACACCAUCAGGGUCCCGCAGUCUCAUUUGUUACAACAAACCAGUGUCUUUUGAGUCGACCACCCUGGCUCCAUCUUUGAUUUCAGUGGAGGUAGUGGAGUCUUUCAGAUGACUCUGUAAUGGCUGGUCCUGACUGCAGUAGCCUGGUACGACAGCCAGGUGGCCGUGUUGGACCGGAGAGUUUCUAUCUGAGCCUGGUUUCACCAUGUUGGUAGAGAACACAGCUGAUUGGCUGGCUGAUGACAUGAACAGCGUUGUUGGGAAUAGUAAUCGAUGCUUCUAGAUAUAUUGGAGACCGCGAGCAACAUGCUCAUUUAAUACGUUUCUUUAAUCUUUUGAUGAAAACAACUAGUUGAGUUUGUUGUUUUCUACCUUUUGUUUGUCUUUCCGAUGUUAUACAUGUUUAUUAAAAACAUUGAAGAAAA